AAGAUGGAACUUGACCUCGAAGAAGUUCCCCACAGCAGAGACGUCACUCUCGUCGACGCUCAAACCAAACGUCCCCUCUAUCGCAUCACGGAGUUCCAACUUGUCAUGUUCAAGAAUAAACCCAUGAUCGUUUCGAGGUUGAGCGAGGUAGCAGAGAAAGAAGAGGACCUAGCAGAAAUUAAGAGAGGGUGGUUCGGCGAGUAUGUAACCUUGGAAUCAGAUGGGGUGAGGUUGAAGGCGAACAAGUUCUUUUCUGUUGGAGCGUUUCAAGGACAUUACUCGUUCACGGGACCGGAUGGGCGAACUCGCUACCGAUGGGAGCUCGGAGUACAAGGCUCGAAGCUUACAACAGACGACCAAGCCCGAACGCUCGUAGCCCAAUACACAGAAGAACGGAGAAAUCUUCUAGGCCUCGGAGUAGUCAAGGCACCACCUCGACUUGUUGUGAUGCAAGCAGGCAUGGAUAUGGUGGAUAUGGUCGUGAUAACGUUAGCGUAUAUUGAAAAGAAAAGAGAGGAGGUGAAGAUCGCCACGAUGGCAGCAGUAGCAUCUUAG